UUCGUGAUAAGAUUUCCAGCAUUCAAGAUUAGAUCGAGCAGUUUCUCAGUUCCCUCAGUUGGCAGAGGGUUUUAGGAACAGAGUUCAGCGGGGUGUGGUGAAGCAGUAACUUAUUUGUGCAACGAGGCUCUGUCGUUUCGUUGCAGUUUUCACUGUGCCUUGCUUUAAUAAAGAAGACAAAAUGUCUUUGGAAAUUUACUUGGAUCUGUUUUCGCAGCCGUGCCGCUCUGUCUACAUCUUUGCCAAGAAAAACAACAUCCAGUUCGACUACAAGAAGAUCUCGCUUUUUGAAGGUUAUCAGUAUAGUGAAGAGUAUGGGAAAAUCAACCUGCUAAGAAAAGCACCAGCAAUCAAAGAUGGAGACUUUUGCUUGGCUGAAAGCAUUGCGAUUAUGCUGUACCUGGCUGAGAAGUUCCACACUCCAGACUACUGGUACCCCGCUGACCUGCAGAAGCGUGCUAGAGUGAACGAGUAUCUGUCAUGGCAACACUCUGCCAUACGGAUACACGGAUCCAAGAUUCUCUGGUUCAAGCUCUUGAUUCCGAAAGCUUUAGGAGUUGAGAUCCCUAAGGAAAAGAUGGACAACGCAGAAGAGGAUCUUAAAACAUCGCUGAACCUUUUUGAGGAAAAGUUUCUGCGAGACAAACCGUUCAUUGUUGGCGAUCAGAUCUCAUUGGCUGACUUGGUUGCUAUUGUGGAAAUCAUGCAGCCUGUAGGUGCCGGUAUGGAUGUGUUUGAGAACAGACCCAAACUCAAGGCGUGGAAAGAUAGAGUCAGAGCCGAAAUUGGGGCCGAGCUGUUUGAUGAAGCCCACCAGGGAAUUCUUUAUGCCCAGGAAGCGGUGAAAACCAUGGACCCCAAAAAGAUGGAGCACUUCAAACCCAAAAUUCUGAGAUAUUUCCUCUCAUAAACAAACUGGUUAUAGUGUCUGGUUAAAACAAGUCGGUUAUUCAGGAAAAAAGUACUUUUAUAAGUUUCUAACUACACAUUCCAUUUUGUAAUCAGUAAGAAUGAAACCAAUUAGCUUAAAUUACAUAUAACAUAUAGUUUCUAGAGUCUUGCAAUCAUCAAUUUUUCUGUGUGACCUCAAAGAAAAGCAAACUGUGAAAUAGCACAUUUCCAGCUGUGUUCUCUAAAAUUUUGAAUUAGCGCUCACACUGUGACCUUAUCUUUUGAAAAACUGAGCAAUAACACGCAGACACUCAAUACAGCAUUGUUUCAGAAAAUCACUUAACACCCAUGGGAAGGAGCUGGGAGGAAUGUUUCCUACCUCUGUUUAUGAAAUGCUAUCAGAUAUUAUAACGUUUCCUGCAGAAUACUCUGCGCGAUAAGGAAUAACACGUUUUGCUAAUUUCUUGUAGAGAAACAGAGUACAUUCAGCAUUUCCAUCUCUCCGGUAUUGUCAAUAAAUGUAUGGUCUGUGA